UCCAACCGUUGGAAGGGGCUGCGGCUGAGUUGGAGUUUGAGGCUGUGAUAAGUCCCCUUGGGGUCAGAACCGCGGACUUGGGCAGGAGCAGACUCAACAGGGCCGUGGUGGGCUGGGCCAGCGGAGUGGGCUCUCGGGCCCUGGGUGGCAGCUGUCGCCUCUGAGCACGUCUACGGAGGCCACAGCCCUGGACUCUCAGCUCGGUGUAGUCCCGCAGGUGUUUUCUCCCAGGGCCAUGGACUCCUCCGCAGGGCCUGGGAUGCCUUUGCCCAAAUACUGCAGCGUGGCCACAACCCUGAAGGCCCCUGCCUGGGCCGGCACUGCUCCUCCCUGGGACUUCUCCUUCGCCUGCCCUCUCGCCUCCCAAGCACCCUGGCUCACCUGGCAGAGCCCCCUCACCAGAUAUGCAUCUUAUGACCCGUGUUUCCACAUUGCUGACGCAGCAUGGCAGGGGCCUGGCUGGCUGGGAAGAGGUGGAGAUGCUGCGGACGCAUGGGUCCUGGCAAGAAGGGAAGCAGGUGGCUUUUAUUACAGGGCUCAGAUAAAGGCUGCUCCCGAGGCAAGUCCCUGGAGAGGCAGGGAGUCCUGCUGGUGGAAUUUGAGGCUCCCCUUGUCACAUGCCCAGGGCUGCCAGCCCAGCGGCAGAGCGUGGUCUUGGAGGAAGAUGUCAUUCAGUUCUCGCCAUCCGUGGAAUACUCACUGCGACUUGGGGACAAGGUGCUGGCACUCUGGGGACCAGACCAACAGCGCUAUGGCCCCGGCACUGUUGUUUUGGGCUUGGAGGCAAGAGACCCCCAGAGAGCAUCCAAAGAAGAAGAAAUUACUGUUCACUUCUGGAAUGGCAGGACAGCCCCUGUGCCGCUUGGAGGGGUCAGGUGGGUGCCCCCAGCCGUCUGGAAGAAGGCUGUGGACAGGCUGCACAAGCCUUUCACCACGGAGCACCCCAGGCCCCUCCUCUGGGCCCCUUGCUGCUCUCUGAUGGGGCCGGUCGCUGGAUGUGUCACCGGUGGGCUUCCUCUGAGCACUCCGUUCCUGUGCCCUCCCUGCCACCCGCAUGCCUACUGCCAGCUGCUGGGCCAGGGCUGCCUCUGCUGCUGCCCCUUGGCCGGACCCACCUGGUGGCCUCUAACCAUAACCUCAGGGGUCACAGCCAGAGAGCAUCUACAGGCGGAGCUGAAGCCCACGGCACAGCUUUUGCCCCUUGAGGAUCCUGAGGAGGAAGAAGCAGCAGUGCAGCCUCCCAUGGCUAUUUCUUCCUCCUCUACCUCCUCUUCUUCUUCUGAAGAGGAUCUGGAGAACAAGCUGGAGAUGGGCCUUCCCCAGAGGCUGCUGGUGGACAGCACAGGCAACACGGCCCCCAUCCUUCUUGAGGAGUCUCCAAGGAGGCAGGGUGGCCUCUGCCAGCCGGAAUGGAGGUACUGGAGGAGAAACGGGUCUGAGCCGCAUCCCAGGAAGCCAGGAACAAGACUUUGCAACAUCGGGAAAGAAGAGAAGGGCAACAAACAACAGACAGUGAAAACUGCAGCAGUGGGGAGUCCCAGGGAGCUGGUCCUGGAAGCCACUGGCAUGAAGCCACUACAGAUCCUGCCAGAGGAAGCUGAACACAAAAAACUGAGUCGGGGUACUGCAGCACAUCAGGGGGACUAGAAUUACCCCUAAACUAAAAGCUCCAAGGAUCUAGGAAGGUGAAGAGUAGAUACCUGAGGAGGAGUUAGUUACAAAGUGGCUGACACAAGGCCUUCUUCUACGGAAAUGGUACAGUGCAGGCCACAGGUGAUAGUCUGAUAAGCAGCAGCAUCUUCACCCCAGGAAGACAUCCCUGCAGAUGAGUGGCAGGAAGGCACCUGUCCUAAGGGCACAGGAGUGUGGCGGCCCUGGCGAGGGCUCCCUGCCAGGGGCCUGGUGCGAUCUGCUUGAGGAUGCCUCUUCCACAGAAGCUACAGAACAUGGUUGGCCUGCUUUGGGCAAAUGUGUCCACAGCCUCUCUGCCAUCUUUUCAUAAAGCCUCAGUUGUACAUGAGCAACAUUUUGUUUGACUUCUUAAUGCCAAUAAAAAGGAAU